AUGCAUGAGAUUAUCCUUAGAAAGACCGAAUAUUUGGGCUUCUCUCAUAUUGUGAACAAAGAACACUCAAAUCUCUUUGGCAAAAUUCGACGUAUUUCAAUACAAGGAAGUGUUGAUAAUGUUCUCGAGAGCAUCAACAACUCAAAGAUACGUUCUGUUUCCGUUUUCAAUGUUGAUAGGAUGCGUAACUCUUUCAUGACAAGACUUGUUUUGGAUUUUAAGCUGAUAAAAGUGCUAGAUUUUGAAAAUGGCCCUAUAGAGUAUCUUCCUGAAGGAGUGGGAAACCUGUUCCAUUUGCACUACUUAAGUGUGAAAAAUACAAAAGUAAAAGUACUUCCCAAGUCCAUCGGUAAGCUUCUCAACCUAAAGACCUUGAAUUUAAAACAUUCUCUUGUCACUGAGCUUCCAAGUGAGAUCAAUAAUCUAAAAAAAUUGCGUUAUCUACUAGUGUACCGUUUCGACAGAAGUGGUAAUUAUGAAUAUGUAAAAAUACCAAAGGGGUUUGGCCUUUUAUUGGAUUUGCAGAAGCUAGGUUUUGUGGAAGCUAACUUUGAAGUACUCAGAGAGCUUAGGAAGCUAAGGCAUAUGAGAAAGCUUGGAGUUAGGCUGAAAACUGGAAAUGGAAAGGAUCUUUGUGCUUGCAUUGCAAAUAUGGAAAAACUUGAAUCUCUGAUUGUACAGUCGACAAGUAGAGACGGAGUUCUUGAUAUAGAAUCUAUGGCUUCUCCACCUCAUUGUCUUCAACGCCUCUAUUUAACAGGAAAUAUGAAGAAGCUGCCAGACUGGAUAUUUAAACUUAAAUGUAUAAUCAGAAUUAGUUUGAACUUGUCAGGGUUAACUGAUGAUCCCAUAAGAGUCCUUCAAACCCUGCCUAAUUUAUUGGACCUUAGGCUAUGGGACACAUGCCAUGAUAACAAUUUCAUUUCAAAGAAGAUUGGUUUCCACAACUGA